AUGGUUUCUGGAUUUCAGUACAGCCUCUUUCUGUUCCUGUGCCUCACGGCAUGCCAGGGAUCUCCAGUUUCUCAGAACUGUCUCAACAAGCAGCAGCUCCUGGCUGCCAUCCGCCAAAUGCAGCAGUUCUUAAAGGGGCAGGAAACGCGGUUUGCAGAGGGAGUGCGCGUCAUGAAGAACCGGCUGAUAACUCUGCAGAACUCGGUGACGAAAGCCGCCCCGGACCCACAAUCCGUGUCCUGCCCUGCACUGGAUGCCCCCAUGGAUGGCAGAAGAUUUGGUACCAAGUACUUUGUGGACCAUGAAGUCCAUUUCACCUGCGAACCUGGUUUUCAGCUCAUGGGUUCCAGCACCCGAGUGUGUCAGGCAAAUGGCAGCUGGACUGGAGAAGCACCGCGGUGCAAAGUGAUCAGCAAAUGCUCGAGCAAUCCCUGCCAGAAUGGUGGAACUUGUGUGGAUGGAGUAAACCAGUACAAAUGCACUUGUCCUCAAGGGUGGACCGGUGAGAACUGCCAGUACCAAUCACAAACAGCCCCACCUGCGUGGAGUGUUACAAACGACCCGGCUUUCAGUCGCAAGCCACGCUGUGCCAAAAUCGACAGGACCCAGCACUGCAGCUGCGAAGCCGGCUUCCACAUGAGUGGCACGGCCGACAACAGCAUAUGUCAGGACGUAAACGAGUGUGAGGUUUACAAGCUGGAGGGAGUCCCUCGUCUGUGCAUGUACGCCUGCGUCAACGUUCCCGGCUCUUACCGCUGCUCCUGCCCCAGUGGGUACAAGCUCCUCGGAGACGGGAAAAGCUGUGAAGAUAUAGAUGAGUGCAGCCUGUCCCAGCACAACUGCACCAGGGGCAUGACGUGCAUUAAUACAGGAGGAGGCUUCCAGUGCGUCAGCGCCGAGUGCCCUCGGCCCAGCGGCAAUGCCAGCUAUGUGAAAACAUCGCCAUUCCAAUGUGAACGCAACCCCUGCCCAAUGGACAGCAGAUUGUGCCAUCAUGCCCCAAAGUCCAUCUCCUUCCAUUAUCUCCCUCUGCCUUCCAAUCUAAUAACCCCCACCCCUCUCUUCCGCAUGGCAACUGCCUCCGCCCCAGGCCGGCCUGGGCCUGACAGCCUGCGCUUCGGGAUUAUUGGGGGCAACAACCGAGGGCAUUUUGUGAUGCAGCGCUCCGACCGGCAGACGGGAGAACUGAUCCUUGUGCAAAGCCUGAAAGGACCCCAGACCAUCGAGGUGGAGGUGGACAUGUCCGAGUAUCUGGAUCGCACCUUCCAGGCGAAGCAUGUCUCCAAGAUCACAGUCUUCGUGUCUCCCUAUGAGUUUUAA